AUGGCUACCGCAGCAGAGGCUUCGGUAGCCACUGGCUCAUCGUUCACUAGCACGGUGGACGAGAGCAAAAGAUGGACAUACCUCGACCACAUCCGCAAGAAUCCAGGCCCUUUCACCGAUCCCGAUGCCGCAACAGAUGGAUCUUUCGAGCAGUUCGAUAAGAUGAAGCUCUUGGUUAUCGGUGCUGGUGGUCUAGGCUGUGAAAUCCUGAAAAACCUGGCGAUGUCAAAGUUCAGGGAUAUCCACGUCAUUGACAUGGAUACCAUUGACAUAUCGAACUUGAACCGACAAUUUCUCUUCCGACAAUCCGACGUUGGCAAGUACAAGGCCGAAUGCGCGGCUGAAUUCGUCAUGCGCCGUGUCAAAGGAGUCAAGAUCACCGCCCACAACUGCCGUAUCCAAGACUUCGAUUCCGAUUUCUACAAGCAAUUCCAGUUGGUGAUUUGCGGGCUGGACAGCAUUGAAGCACGAAGAUGGAUCAAUGCUAAGCUGGUAGCGAUGAUGGACGAUGACCCCGAUUCUAUGAUUCCCAUCAUCGACGGAGGCACGGAGGGCUUCAAGGGUCAAGCCCGAGUGAUCAUCCCCACGUUGACAUCCUGUAUCGAGUGUCAGUUGGAUAUGCACGCGCCCAGGGCCGCCGUUCCUCUCUGCACAAUCGCUUCGAUCCCCCGCCAACCCGAACAUUGCAUUGAAUGGGCGCAUGUCAUUGCAUGGGACCAGGAGAAGCCGUUCCCCCAGCUGGACAAGGACGACCCGACCCACGUAUCGUGGCUCUAUCAGAAGGCCCUCACUCGUGCUCAGGAGUUCAACAUUACGGGUGUAACUUACGCCCUCACUCAGGGCGUGAUCAAGAACAUCAUUCCAGCUAUUGCCUCCACGAACGCCAUCAUUGCGGCAGCGUGCUGCAACGAAGUGUUCAAGCUGGCAAGCUCCACCGCGCCGGCAUUUGGUUUGGAAGAUAAUUACAUGAUGUACUCGGGCAACGACAGCAUCUACACUUACACCUUCAAACACGAGAGGAAGGAAGAGUGCCCUGUUUGCGGAUCAAACUCACGGCCACUGGAAGUCGACCCCGAGAUCACUCUUCAGGAGCUUCUGGACUCAUUCGCAGUCCGCCCGGACGCGCAACUCAAGAAGCCGUCUAUCCGAGGUGACAGUCAGUCUCUCUACAUGCAGUUUCCACCCAGUCUAGAGGAACAGACCCGGCCAAACCUUAAGAGAAAGCUCAAGGAGCUCGACCUGCAGGAGGGACAGAAUCUGAUUGUUACGGACCCAGCCUACCCUCUCCAGUUCGACUUCUACCUGCGGUUCAAGAGGAAGGCAUAA